AUGAGCAAUAGCACAAGACGUGAAUUCACAGUUGGGAAUGACUUCCUUGACGAUGAUUCAUCUGACGGCGAAUGCGAAAGCAACGUAGGCAGUUUCAUCCAAACUUUCUCAACCGGCGACGGGAUUCUCCCAGAGAAUCUGGCACAAGACGUUCACGAUCAAGUCAAAGAAUCGCGACGAAAAACAACAAGCAUAGGAAGAAGCACUAUAGCUUCGCUACCAAAACUGCUCAAGUCUUCAGUGUACAACCGAGGAUCGGACAUCAAAGAUCGAGCGGAUGAAGGCACCCCUGGCCCAAUAGUGACUAGAGGAGCCCCGAAUAGAGCCAGGCAAAUGUCACUUCACCGCUUGGACAGGGACGAUGUCCGUCUGGUACAUACUAGUUCGAGUGUCACCACUCCAAAGCAAUCAACCAGGACCAGCCAUUUCGAAGCCACACCCCCAAGUGAAGAGAGAGAACGAGCUGGUCAGUUCUCUUCUCCGAACAGUGGCGAAUAUCAACAUACACCUUUACCCAUGAGUCCAAAACUCCAAGGCGAGCAUAGACGAAAUACGUCCGAGAGUACGCUCGCCGACUCGGUCAUCAACGCUCACCUCAUGACGCUACGUGCACUCGAGUCACGAGCCGUUCCGAAAACAGAAAUGUCGCCUCCGUAUGGAUACACGUACUUGCGAUCGGCCACGACCUCUUACUUCCCGAGAUGGUCUUCCUCUAGCAGUCAGCGCAUGGCAAUGUCGCCUUUGCUGUCGGCCAACGGCGAUGGUUUUGCAUAUCUACCAUCGCUUUUUAUCAGGACACCGUACUCUUCCGACACGGAAGAGGACUAUUUUACCGCAAAGUCACAGUCUCAACGGGACUACUCACAAAGUGGCAUGUGCGGCCAAGCUCGGGAGGAAUACACAAGGCUGGGUAGUGUUGGUGGAGUGGAAGAGCUUGGAACACCUUAUGAUGGCCACAAGGGCAAUCACAUGCUCGGGUUAAAUCCCAGCGAGCAAGACGGCAUUUCCAGAAGCCAGUUUCACUGCAGCGAAAACACACCGGGGGUUGUAAAAAGGGAUGCUGUGCCCAGAAAAGAGGGCACACAAAGUGUGGUUUGGCUGAGAUUACAGAGGUAUGGUUGGGGGAAAAGCAGCGACGACGUGAUGCAGAAAAAGAUGAUUCGCGUCAUCGUGCCGGGUACAUGUUCCCUUGAUGGCUCAAGUGGCCUCGAGAAGACGCCAACGCCGAAGGAAAGCCCAGCACCUUUUGACGACAAGUGUUUUGCGAAACACCUCCAAGCAGGCCACCGCAAGCUGGUGGGGUCUUGGGUUCGCCGUACAUUCGGUGCUCGCAGACUACGUGCCAUACGCCUCAGGCAAUGUAGUAUCUGGAGCGGGAACCCAACCUGGACUAGCAUACCAAGCAUAGACGGGCUGCUAGCAAGAGGAGAUGGGAUCGAUGAUAUGGAAGAAACCAAAUCUUCACUGACAGAAGUAGGAUUGAUGAAGCUGUUCAGAGACCCAAACGCGGGGGAAGCAAGGUAUGCAUGGGUUCACUGGGCAAGACAGGUGGCUGCAUCCAACUCAUCGCAUCGCCCUCCCUAUCAACACACGUAUCCCCGUGUUGCAGAUUCAAGCCGCCCUCUACCGUCAAUGGUUACGGCAAUCGAGUUUCUGUACGCACCGUGCACAUUCCGCAUUCUGGUUGCACUGGCACUUGGCUUUCUCGCCUGUGUUAUGGCGGCAUUGCUGUGGAUCUUCACCGGCCCUGGUGUAUCGGGCACGGAGCGAGAUGGCGAGAGAAUGAUGGGGGAGCGUGUCGGAGGCGGAAUGGGGAUUGGUGUCAUGGUGCUGCUAAUGGAAGGGGUGGUGUUUUGGACGUGGAUUGUGUUUAGUUAA